UGACCACCAGGGAAGCUUAAAAGGAGAGAGGGUGGAAUUGCGUGUGCAGGACGAGACCAUGCUGGGGUGUGAGGGAGGGGCAGGGGUGCAGCGGUGGCUGACCCUGGUCACAGGGCUGCUGGAGUGCCUGUGUUUUGCGGGGGCCAUGUUCGGCUGGGCCUCCCUGGUGUUAGUCCUGAAGACAGAAGGCUACUUCAGCUACCUGUGUGUCAACAUCACCGGGGUCAAUGGAAUGCAAUUCCUAGACUGCAGUGGUCAAGAUGAACAGUUCUCCCUCAUCUUCACCAUCGCUUCCUUCAUGAACAACUUCCUGCUGCUGCCCAAUGGGUUCCUGUUCGACCGUUUCGGCACCAUGGUAGCCAGGCUGCUGGGAAUAUCACUGUACACCACUGGUGCCUUGUUUGUGGCCUUUUCAAGUUCAGCUCUGUCCUCCCUCCUAUUCCCGGCGCUGUCCUUCAUCGCUGUGGGAGGCAUUUUGUUUGUGGUCACCAACAUGCAGAUAGGCAACCUGUUUGGUUCCAAUCGCUCCACCAUCAUCACCCUUUACAAUGGUGCCUUCGACUCCUCCUCCGCCCUCUUCCUCAUCAUCAAGCUGCUAUUUGAGGUUGGGAUCUCUCUGCGUGCCUCUUUCCUCUUCCUGGCUGCGUGUGGCGUCAUCCACCUGGUCAGGACCUUCCUCCUGCUACCCAGAACACACAUCCCCUACCCCCUCCCUGAGGGCUACACCUACAGGAUGAAGAGCUGUGGCCAGACCAAGACCUUCAGCCCGGAGCAGGCAGCAGCCAAUGGCAACGUGCAGAGUGAUGAUGUCAUGGAGGAAAUGCCUUUUAAUAAGGAGAGCGCCGAGAAAGUGGCUACUUUCUGGGAGUGUUUCCUGUCCAAGUUCUUCAUCUGGCACCUGGUGUGGCUAUCGGUCAUGCAGCUGAGGCACUACCUGUUCAUUGGCACCCUCAACCCCAUGCUGCAGAGACUGACCCAGGGAGAGCCCUCUCUGGUGAGCACAUACACCAAUGCGUUUGCUGUGACCCAGCUGUGUGGGGUGCUGUUUGCCCCAUGGAACGGCCUCAUCAUGGACCGACACAAGGGCAAGCCCAGGACCCCAGGAGUGAGUGAGAAGGAGACAGACCUGCGUGCGUCAGUGCUCUCCCUGACCCUGACGGCGCUGCAGUGUGUCCUGUUCUCCAUCUGUGCCUCCACUCCCUUCCUCCCCCUCCAGUACCUCACCUUCAUCCUGCAGGUCCUCAACCGAUCCUUCCUCUACGGAGGCCAUGCAGCCUUCAUCAGCAUUGCUUUUCCUCCCUGUCACUUUGGGAAGCUGUAUGGUAUGGUCAUGGCUCUGUCUGCAGUGGUUUCUCUGCUGCAGUACCCCUGCUUUAUCCUGGUCAAAGGAGUGCUGGGAGGAGACCCACUAUACGUGAACAUAGCUCUGACGUUAGUCAGCCUGCUGGCCUUCAUCCAUCCUGUCUGUGUCUACCUGCAUUGUCGUGGCCUGGCAGCCCAGAGGGGUAAACCCAAGGACUCCCCUUCCUCUUAGACGAGCUCUAAAAAGACACGUUUUAAAACGGUCAUUUCAACCCUCACUCCUCUGUUUCCUCACCAGUUUGUAUAUACACUCCCCUACGUAUUUAUUUUAAUUUGGUUCUAUACUCCAGCAUUUUGGAUUUUAGAUCAAAUGUUUUAUAC